AUACGAGCGUAUGUGCGAACUCCGGAGCGUCAUUUUCAACACUCGUCGUGGCGCAGUAGGCGCGCAGGAGGACGGACGGACAGAGGAAGUCAUUAAACGCCUCAGCGGUUGCCUUCAUGCCUGGGAUGCUGCAGGAGCGCCCGGGAAGCGAUCCGUUCAUCACAUGGGAAUAAAAAGGUCCAGUCAUGGAUAGAAACACGGACGGCACAGCGUCAUAAAGAAGUGUGUUCACAGCAGCACCAUGUGUGAGCGUGGCAGCUCCCCCUUACCAGCCCUUGUUCUCCUCCUGCCUUUCCUUCUGCUGUCGUCCUGCCUGGAGUCUCCCCACCGUCCCCUCAUCCACCCCCAGGUGCCCACCCUGGUCCCUCACCGGCCGACCCCUCUGGUGCGCUCCCACUUCAGCGCCCGCCCUCAUCUGGACCUGACCACCCACUGCAACGCCAGCUGCUUCCACAGAGGAGGAGGCCACCGGGCCGCUGACAACUUGGCCUUCGAGACCCUCUACUGGGACGGCUCUCGUACGCUGACCACCGUGGACGUGGAGGAAGAGGGAGCCGGUCUCAGGGGAGUGAGAACCCGACGCAGGCGCGUGAGGCGUCAGAUCUACGGCGCCGACGGCCGCUUUAACAUCCAGGGCGACAACUUUUUGCUGGACUACCCAUUCUCCGCGGCCGUCCGUAUCUCCACGGGCUGCACCGGCGUCCUGGUGUCUCGCUGGCACGUCCUGACCGCCGCUCACUGCCUCCACGACGGCAAAGAUUACGUCAAGGGGGCGCGCAAGCUACGGGUGGGCUUCCUCAUCCCGCCGUCCGUCAAUGGAACUGGAGUUGAACCCUCAUCCGGGAAGAAACCGAUGGUGCGCUGGGUACGGGUGAGGCGCACCCGAGUACCCAAGGGGUGGAUCCACGGCCCUCAGGAUCUCAGCAUGGACUUCGACUACGCGCUUCUGGAGCUGCGCUGGCCCCACCGCCGGGCUUUCAUGCGCCUGGCCGUGGCACCCUCCCUGGAGGGGUUGGCGGGCCGACGCAUCCACUUCUCGGGAUUUGACAGCGACCGACCCGGAGAGCUGGUCUACCGCUUCUGCCCGGUGGAAGAAGAAUCCAGCGACCUGAUCUACCAGCACUGCGACGCCCGGCCCGGGGCCAGCGGGUCAGGGGUGUACGGCCGCGUGUGGGACAACUCCUUGGAACGCUGGGAGAGGAAAGUCAUCGGGAUCUUUUCGGGGCACCAGUGGCUGGAGGUGGACGGAGAGAACCGGGACUACAACGUGGCCGUGCGCAUCACUCCGCUCAAGUUUGCGCAGAUUUGCUACUGGCUGCACGGGAAUCGUGUGGACUGUUUGCAGGACUGAGGCCUCCGACUGGAUGGAGGGCUUUUCUCAUGAAAUAACACUUGUCGGUAGCCAACUACAGCAGGGGUGCGCACAUUCCCAUUUUUGACCGAUGUUUGAAAUGUGAGACACCCCACACGUGAUAAGAAAGCGUGUGUGUGCUAACUGCUCUUCUAGUGCAUUGUCGGCAAAUUACUCUUAAUACACCGCAAGUAAAUCACUCUGAAUAAUCUUUUGGAGACAACAAACAAUCAAGCCAUUGCUGACUCUGAUCAGAUGGGGGAAUAAAAAUUCAGUCUGACUAUCACCCCGCUUAAUUGGCUAUCGUUCCAUUUCACGUUAAAAUCAUGGUGCCUGUCACUUGAUCAAACAUAAAAGGAUUUGUCAUCAUAAAUAUUGAACAGGUUUCACAUUUCUGAUUUUAAAAAAUCACUCUUCACACACCCCACACCACUUGAUAAUUGCUCAGGAUAAUCUUUCAGAGACAUCCAGCAAUCCAGCCUUUGGUUAAUUUGUCCCGAUUUCCGGUACACAUACACUUAAUUGGCGAUCGUUCCGUUUCACAUCGUAAUUACGGAGUGCGUGGCUCUACACACACGCAUAAUGAUUUCCCAUUGUAAAUAUUGAACAACAUUUACGAUUGUCGGCCAAAAAACACCUGAACACAUAGCUGUAAUCAUUUAAUAUCUGACCUCCGAGCCUUUGCUGACUUUGAUUAGAAAGCUGGGAAAAUGAUCGAUUUACCGAUUUUCGCUGCGUGCGUGUACCCCGGUUGACCACCACCACUACAUCUUUUGACACGUUUUUCUACUGUACAUUACCAGUACACACUCUUCCUUGUGUCUAUAUCCAUUUGCAUAGCUGACACAGGAAACAUCUGAGUUGUAUUCAUAAGUCUAGUACAUCUUUAAGGAUCUGCAGUACAGUACUUGUACAGUACUUUUGGGGCGGGAGGUGGGGGGGGCUUUAAAUCUAAAAAGAAGCAGUUUAGUUCUUGACAGACAGAAUGUUAAUUUAA